UUAGCCAUGCGAUUCCAGCACAUGCGGUGGCACGAGGUGCAACACACAACCAGACAGGUACCAUCCAGUUGACUAACCGGAUGGACGAACGGUGCGCGGAAGAGAUUGGCAUUAGAAUCGCGUGAAAAGUUCAAUCGAACAGGUUCGCCGGUUGUGGCUCUGCCACAGUGUCAUAGACUGUCUGUCGACCGUCGACCCCGUUCCAACGAACACUCGCUGUUCCAAACAACACUCGAGAUUAGAAUAACAUCCGCGGAUGCCACCCGUGCGAGAUCUCAUCAUCCAUAUUGCGACCAGUGUACAGACGUUUCUGUAUCAGCCCGUCGAACUCGUUUUCCUUGCGUUAACGUUAGAUCAGUGCAUGUUGUCUUCCUUUGUUGCUGGCUCGUGUGGAAAUUUCAAUUCGAUCAACGAGUUGAAACGUUGCCAGUCGACUGGUGUAUGAUUGCCGAAGCGAGGAACGCGGACGAGGGAAAGGGAAGUGGAGGAAGUUCAGUGACGAAGUGCGACGCGUAAACGGAACCGGGGUGACAACGUGUGAACUUGACGAAAGACGUUCACACGACGUGAGAAAGGUCGCGUUCUCUUCCGGGCAACGAUCAACCGGACGUCUCUCGAGGAUUUAAGUUAUGAGACGGGUUUGACGAAUCGACGAACGUAUCACGGUUAAUACGUCGCAUGAUGGCUGUCGGGAAGAACAUCCAUUUAUUACUCGUCAUCCUUUCUUCAAUGUCCGUCAUUUCACGCUCUUACGUGCCUCAAGCCACAGGCAAGAGACUGUUCGGCGGAUACAGGAUAGUACCGAAAGCGUGUCAGCCAACGAUACCGUCUCGAGUGAAGUCGAGCGAGCCGGCGAUAUGCAUGUUCAAUUACGAAUGCUCGCGUCGAAAUGGACAGGUGGUCGGUGCGUGUAUGGACGGGUUCCUUUUCGGCGCUUGCUGUCAACUACCGCCGAAACAUUUGGCUGGCAGCAUCGUCAAGGACCCGAUGGCACCAGCCUCCGAUGAAAUAUUCAAUGUACACGAGAUCGAUCACGUGCCGGAUAUUCCCAUCUUGUUAAAUUCGGACGGCACGCCGCUCGGGAUGACCGUGCCCCAGGACGACGCCGUCAAAACCGAACAACCCGGCACGCCGAAUCAGCAAGCGAACAACGAGGGGACAACGUACACGAAAAUCUCGACGUUCGACGUGCCUUCUACAACCGCGAAACCAGCGUUGGGAGCAACCUCGCAGAUUCACGACAGCGUUGAGAACGCAGAGAAACCGCAAAUAUCCGCGCAACCGGACGUAAGUCACUUGGAAGAAGAUUUCCCAGCUCUGUUGGGUCAGCAGAACGUUUUAGACGACCUGAGCCUUUCGGGAUUGUUGAGUCACUCUGACUCGAAGAACAACGUACAGAAUCACGGGGACAAUUCCGCCAUUAAUCCGGUCACCACUUUGCUGAGUCCAGAUCAGAUACUUCAGAUAGCCGAUCCGGUUGACCAACUUCCAGCUCUGUUUUCGCAGGGAUUGGGUCAGAGCAAUCAUACCUCGCCCGACACGAUACUGUUGAACGAGAACGGGACCGCCGCGUUGAACGAGACGAACAAUCCAGACGAUUUGUUCAAGCCUAACGUCGAAUCCAGCACCGAGAAGCGGAAAGCGACCGAAAUUUCGCCGAGUAGCACUCAGAGGCCGAAAGUGACGGAAAGUGUGUCGUUUACGGAAGUUAAGAGGCCGCCGCAGGAUACCACUCACCAAAGUACUUCAACGACGCAGUGGCUAAAGUUCCCGGAUCAAUCUGCAUCUUCGAUGCACGACGCGAUGUCCUCUUUCCCGGGAGAUCAAACUUCCGGCACGUCGCUGAUGACGAGAUUGCCGGUGGUCACCCAAAUGUACGCCAGCACGCAGAGGCUCACGACAACCUCCCGCCCUCAAGAGACAGCGAUUGAUAACUUCGAGAGAAUCAGCACGAUAGAAGAGAGAAUCUCGACUAAGAACGUAGAGGCGCUCGAUUUUACGAACAGAAGAACGACCACGCCGAUGACCACCUUGAGCGACAAAAACGAACUAGUGAAAGUACCGACGAUUACUUACGACGCGCCUUCUGGCAAUAAAAAGGACGACAUAGAGGUGGACAAAGAGGAGCUAGCAAUCAAUCACAUAAUUUCCAUUCUGAAUAACACGAAGCCAGGCUCGGGAACCACGAUCCCGACUCCGAACUCUUCCAUCCACAAGUGGGUCAGUAUCGACGAGACCUCGAAACCAUCCUUGGUUCGUAUCUCCACGAGAGCUCCUCCCGUACCUGGACCAACCACCGCUCAAUCUUUCCCUUACACGUUCUACAAACCGGUACAGUCGUCGAAUUACUACAAUUACGAGACUGUGCCCACGCACUCCACGACCUUUGCCUCAUAUCCCACUUCCAACUCGCAUUCAUCCAGACCGUCGACUCUGUCCACUCUCGCCAGUGCCGGUACGUCCGAUUAUUCCGUAAAAACCACAACGAAUCCUCCCGCGCCGACUGUGAUAGUUCUGGGGCCUCUUGGUACAGAGUUCGCGACUGAGACUAGCCAGAAAAUAGCUACGAAGAGACCAGCGAGCGAAACUGUCGGUUCUAGCACGACAGCUUUCAAACCUGCGACCGGAUCGGUAAGACCGAGUCCGCUUACAACGAGGAAACCUAGCGUUUCGACCACUAUAACUCACAACAUCAGUACAGUGAUCUCGAACGUUGCUACCAAUAACGUGGUUUCGACAAGUUUCUUCAGCGUCAACGUGAAAGACGGGACCACGUCGAAACCGAUGGUGAACAGUAGCUACAGCACGCAGUCUGUCGUCACCGAAACCGAACUCGAGACCGAAAAUUUCGAGAAGUUGUCGACGAGAAGACCAACGAUUUGGACUACCCUCUCCUCGUGGUCCGGCAAGCCCAGUUUCCACUUGAGACCGUCUACGCCUUCCUCAGUCUUUCCAAACGAGAAUUUAACGCCUAUUAACACCGUGGUCUUCAAAGAUCCUACCAGCUCGACGAUGACGGACAUCAAAGCAACGACUGUUCCGCCACACUGCGACGAGGAAACAGCAGCACCGGACGAUCUGAUCAACUUCCCUCCUGUCAGGAAUCCGAAUCUCAAUAUAUCAGCGCCGAUUUCGCAACAAGAAAAACCAACUAUCUUUGAGACGUUCAACAACACGGGUUACCCGGACAUCGAGAUAAUAAGCGAGAACGAUAUUCCAACACCGACUUUCGUCGACGACGACGUUUUCACGAAUAAAGUCGACUCGUUCGUGAACACGAUCGUACAGUCUCUGCAAGGCAACUUCCAGGAUCUCAAAGAGAUUGUGUACAACCGUGUCAACGCGACACCGGCUGCAAUAUCCAACCAGGCGUCGACUGUGACGAGGAGGCCGGCCACCACGACGAAGAAACCGGUGCGAAAGCCCGCGACAACGACGAAACCGUCGUACAUCACGACGAAGAAACCCGUGACCACAAAGAGGCCGAUCAAUCGUCCGACGACUUUAAAGCCGUCGGUAUCGGAGAAACCAGUUCGCCCUUCGAAACCGACAACGACGAAACCAAAACCAACCGCGGCGUCUGGCGCGACCACGAAGAGACCCCAGGUUACAACGAAACGGACUAGACCAACCAGAAGACCUACUACAACGCUGGCUACGAGCACGGAAGCUAUAGUCGCGGAAGAAGAAGAAACUAGUAUCGCGAACGCAGUCGAAACUACCAGUCCGCAGAUUACAUCUUCGAGUGACUUUCGUUCUCAAUGUGGCAUAAGACCUUUGAUUAAAUCUGGGAGGAUCGUCGGUGGCAAAGCGGCGACAUUCGGCGAAUGGCCGUGGCAAGUUUUAGUUCGAGAGGCCACUUGGUUGGGCCUCUUCACGAAAAACAAGUGCGGCGGUGUUCUGAUCACGGACAAAUACGUCAUCACUGCGGCUCAUUGUCAGCCAGGAUUCUUAGCGACUUUGGUAGCCGUUUUCGGAGAAUUCGAUCUGUCUGGCGAGUUGGAAGAGAAACGAAGCGUAACGAGAAACGUUCGACGAGUGAUCGUCAACAGAGGCUAUAAUCCAACGACAUUCGAAAGCGAUUUGGCACUCUUAGAACUGGAAUCACCGAUACAGUUCGACGUUCACAUUGUCCCGAUUUGUAUGCCCGAUGAUGGUAUAGAUUUUACGGGUAGAAUGGCCACUGUCACUGGCUGGGGACGAUUAAAGUACAAUGGCGGCGUACCAUCUGUUCUACAGGAAGUCCAAGUGCCUAUAAUCAAGAAUUCUGUCUGUCAAGAGAUGUUCCAGACAGGUGGACAUUCGAAACUGAUUCUCGACAGUUUCCUCUGCGCUGGAUAUGCUAAUGGACAAAAAGACUCUUGCGAGGGUGACAGUGGUGGUCCAUUGGUGAUGCAACGACCAGACGGAAGAUGGUUUUUGGUAGGCACGGUGUCUCAUGGAAUAACAUGCGCUGCACCGUAUCUUCCAGGUGUUUACAUGAGAACAACGUACUUCAAACCGUGGCUACACAGUAUCACCGGAGUCUGAAAGCCAGCAAAUAGUUUAUUUCUUGGACAAGGUGACAGGCGCUGAUAAUUCCGUGCCACUUGUAUAAAUGUACAAAGGAAGAUUAAUUUAUUUCCUUCGGAAUAGAUUGAAGAAUAUCGAUCAAGGGACCAAAAGGAACUAAGCGAACACGAAUGCAUUUCGCAUACUAUUUUUCAUAAUACAAUUAAUUUUGAAUAAUUUCUGUCACUCGAACAAUUUCAAUUUUCUUAACAAGCAGUCAUGCAGAGACUGCUGACAAGUCGUAUCGUCGAUUUCCAAUUAUUUAAAUUUUCGACGACCUAUCGUUAGAAUUGUUAUUUUGUGACGACUAUUUCGAGAGAAAUUUUUCAUCAGUAUACGAAAAAUGAUCGCGUAUUUAUGUGCAUCCGACAAUAAACGUGUUAUGUGUUCCAUGUAUAUACGUGAGUACGUGUUACACGUGCUAUAUGUAUGCAAUUACGAACUGCGAGCCUUAUUUAUUUCGUUGUUAGCUGUUAUUUAUUAAACUCAUUUUUAUACGA